CUAUAGACAUAAGAAUGAUCUUAAUCAUUUUUUUGUUGCCUUAUCCUUUUCUAAGUGAUGCGAGGCAAGAAAAACACUUCCUCUUCUACAAGUUUACAGCAUUUUGCAAAGCAAUCACGCUUCCUGAGUUCAAAGCUGUCGGUGUCUGUAAUGGCAGACAGAUUGCUCACUACAGUAAUGAAGAAAGAGUUUGGAUAAGAUCUAGUCUGACUGCAGAUAACUGGAUUGGUAGACCUGCAGAACCAACUAAAGAUUAUGAUUCUAGAGACUGGUUCCUACAUCAGUUAAACACUCUGUCAAACUGCACAGACUCUCAGUGUUCUCAGCUCCAUGUUCUUCAGAGAAUGAUUGGUUGUGAACUGGAGAAACUUCCUGAUGGAACAGUGAGUCUGAGAGCAUUUGAUGAAUAUGGAUUUGAUGGAGAGGAUUUUAUGGUCUUUGAUUCUGAAACUCUGCAGUGGAUUGAUAAAAACCCCAAAGCUAAAGAAACCAAAAUGAAAUGGGAUCAGCAAACAGAACGAAACCAAUUCCUCAAGCAAUACCUGAAGACCUGCACUGACUGGAUCUCCACAUUUAACAACACAGAUAAGAAGCUCCAUGUUCUUCAGAGAAUGAUUGGUUGUGAACUGGAGAAACUUCCUGAUGGAACAGUGAGUCUGAGAGCAUUUGAUGAAUAUGGAUUUGAUGGAGAGGAUUUUAUGGUCUUUGAUUCUGAAACUCUGCAGUGGAUUGAUAAAAACCCCAAAGCUAAAGAAACCAAAAUGAAAUGGGAUCAGCAAACAGAACGAAACCAAUUCCUCAAGCAAUACCUGAAGACCUGCACUGACUGGAUCUCCACAUUUAACAACACAACUAAGAGUAUGUUUAAAUCAGAUUUUGACACAGCUCAAGGAUGUUUGUUCUAA